CCUCUUCCACUUUUCUGCUGCCUUUCCCGUAGUGCCUUUCCGAUUGCUACCUUUCCCGUCACCUCCUUCCGAUUCGCCUAAUUUCUCUAAUCUUCCCAGGUCAGUUUAUGUUAAUUUUCUUUGCUUGUUUUUGCUCCUUUUUGCUAUUGGAUUUGUAUUUUCUUUUUUAUAACAUGUUGGGGUCCUCAUUUUCUGAUUUAAUGUGUCCCAUUAUUUGUUCUUCUAGAGUAAUUGAGAACAAGAGAGAUUCGUGGGAUCUGUUUAAUGUUGCAAUGUUGAUUUUUGAAAAUCUGGGGAGGGAUUCGUGGGAGAGGGAUUUGUUCUAGAUUGCCCACAACCUCUGUAAAGAAACAACUUUGAAAUGUUGAUUUUUUCUGUACCAUACCUUUUUCUAUACUGCAGAUCCGAUUGAAAAUGAUUGAUUCUGAAGAAGCAAAUAAUAUCAACAAUGAUGACUCGAACGAAUUCGAUUGUACACCGAGGUGUGGUAUGCAGUUUGAUUCGCAAGAAGCACCCUAUAAUUUAUACAAUGCCUACGGACGAAAAGUGGGAUUUAGUAUUAGAAAAGAUCAUCACUACAAGAAUAAGAAAACUAAUGAAGUCACUUCCAGAAUUUUUGCUUGUAGUAAGGAGGGUUUCGGCUCCAAGAUAAGCGGGAUUACAAGACAAGAAGCCAAGGGCAGAGACACGGACAGGUUGUCAUGCUAAAAUGGUUAUUAAGUUGAAUAGAUCUAAUGGAAGGUUUUUUGUGCAUGAAUUUGAGGAAAAACACAAUCAUGCUCUUCAGAAACCAGAGUGUGCACAUAUGCUACCAUCUCAGCGAAAAAUAUCAGAAUUUCAGGCUGCUGAGUUAGACUUGGCAGAAGAAUCUGGUAUCCCACUUUGGGAAUCUUAUGAGUUGAUGGCUAAGCAUGUUGGAGGAAGGGAAUCUCUUGGUUAUACAAAGGUUGAUCAGAAGAACUAUCUUUUGCCUAAAAGGCAAAGAAAAAUGGUGUAUGGUGAAGCAGGAAGCUUGUUGAGAUAUUUUCAAGGUAAAACAGUUGAAAAUCCUUCAUUUUUUUAUGCCGUACAAUUGGAUAAUGAAGAGCAAAUAACCAAAUAUAUUCUGGGCAGAUGCUAAAAUGAUAAGUGACUAUGGUCAUUUUGGAGAUGUUGUUUCAUUUGACACUACCUAUAAAACUAAUUGAGCAGGUCGUCCGUUUGCUGUGUUUGCUGGCUUGAAUCAUCAUCGAGAAAUUGUAGUUUUUGGGGCAGCAUUGAUGUACGAUGAAACUGCUCCCUCGUUUAUUUGGUUAUUUGAAACUUUUUUGGUAGCUUUGUCCAACGAGGUUCCCAAAACCAUUUUUACAGACCAAGAUGCUGCUAUGAUGAAUGCCAUUCCACAUGUGAUGCCUGAUACAUAUCAUAGGCUUUGCUUGUGGCAUAUGAUGCAAAAUGCACUAAAGAAUGUUAAUUGUGUAUUCAAGGGUAACAGUGGGGUUAGAGAAGUCCUAAAAAAGUUACAUUGAUGAAUAUGAGGAUGAGAAUGAGUUUUUAGUGGCUUGGGAUGAAAUGCUUGUGAAACAUAAUGUGCAGGGGAAAGCAUUAGAGUGGUUGAAAGGAAUAAAGAAGUUGAGAAAAAAAUGGGCUAAGGCAUAUGUAAAGAUGGCAUGGUCUGCAGGAAUGACAACUACGGGAAUUAGUGAGAGCUUCAAUGGUAGGUUAAAAGAGUAUUUACAGCCUGACUAUAAUGUGGUACAAUUUGUCAUGCAUUUUGAGAGAGUACUUGAUGAUCAGAGCUAUAAGGAGUACCAAGCUGAAUAUAACUUGUGUCAUAAGAAUGCACAAGUGAAAGUUCCAGCUAUGAUGGUCAAACAAGCAGGUGAUACUUACACGAAAGCAAUAUUUGAGGAUUUUCAAGAACAAUAUGGGGAAUCUCUUGAUUUAAGAAUAAAAAGUACCGUUGAUGAUGGUGAAGAUGUUGUGUACACAGUUUUUCCACCUUACGGUGCUUUUAUGGAACGACAUGUGAGGAGGGAGAGAGAUUCAAACAUAAUCUGUUGCAGUUGCAGAUUGUUUGAGAUAAAAGGUAUUUUGUGUGGUCAUGCCAUAAAAAUCCUUAUAGAGGUAAUGGACACCUUGGAGAUUCCUAGUCAAUAUAUUUUGAAAAGGUGGACUAAAAAAGUAAGGGCUGAGAGCAUACAAGACAUGCAUGGGAAGGAAAUCCAAGUUGAUCCUAGAUUGCAACAGAGCUCUCGAUUUAGGUCCUUGUGCCACGCAUUUACUCAGAUCUCGUCCAGGGCUGCAAAAAGUGAUGAAACAUAUGAAAUAGCUCGUAGCUAUGCACGUAAGUUGGGUAAAUUGACUGAAGACAAGCUCAGUUUACAAAUUAAUGGUAAAACAGAAGAUGAAGGUGAGGAUUCUGCCCCCAUUAUGGCUCUAAACCAUUCUAAUGAUGUUCCCAACUUGAAUAAUGCCACUGUUGUGCAAGCAAAAGGAUUAAAGAAGAGAGAGACUUGUCAAGGAAAAAGACGACUUAAGAGUUGUUUGGAAAAAGCUAUAGCCAAAAGGAAGCGAUCAUCUAACUCCCAUUUAUCAAAGGAAACUUGUGUUCCAAAGGAGACUGUUGCGGCGGGAUGUUAUAUUGCUUCUCCUCCACCUUUUUUUUGUGCUCCCGUGAUGGCCGAACCAAGGGGACCUUUUCCAGUGGUGAAUACUUUGAAUUCGGUGAGUGGUAAUUAACCUCCUUAUAUUCUUUUUUGUAUUAUUUUUAUUAGUUAUUUAUGCAAUUUUCAUAGUCAAAGGGACAUGACAUGCUUAAAUCCAUGUCGUGGAUGACAUAUGAAGAACCUCAGUAUAGUACAUUUCAAGAGCUACUCCAAACAAAUCCCACUGGUUAUUCCGUUGCACACCAAGAUUUGAAUGUAAGUGGUGACCACUAGAGAUGAAGAGAGGAAGCCAACUUACUGUUAUUGCAGAAGCAAAUACUGGCAUGAAAACUCAUUUUUUGAAUCUAUAGGUUUUUGUGUGUAAUUUUGAAUCUCUAGUUUUUGCAAAGCAAAUUUUUUGUGUGUAAUUUUGAAUGCUCCAGAUUCUGUGCUUACAAUGGAAGCAUGUACUGGCAUGAAAACUCAUUUUUUGUGUGUAAUUUUGAAUAUGCAGAAAAGUUGUGCUUGUAAUGGAAGCAUGUACUGGCAUGAAAACUCAUUUUCCAACCAAGGCACUCUUACUUUUGUCUUAGCAUCAAAACAUGAUAUAAAACAGAGCAAUGUAAAAUACUUAUCAGAAACAAAGGCACCUUAAAAGCAGAUAGGAGGAGGGGGCGGGAAAGGCAGCAGAUAAAGGGAGAAAAAUUAGGCUUUAAAGAUGUUUUGGAAGAGUCCUCAUAAUCUCUGUGUUUUCUGUUGGAAGAGUCCUUGUAAUCUCUGUAUUUUCACCAGGUAGAUCGUCCACACACGCGCACCCACUUUUCCAGGAAUUCUUCAAAGCCAUUAGAUUAUUCACCGCACCCGAUCCACCCAAUUAGGCGAAUCGGCCAAGCAAAGAAAAUUAACAUAAACUGAAUUAGGCGAAUCGGAAGGAGGUGACGGGAAAGGCAGCAGAAAAGUGGAAGAGGCGGGAGAGUGAAGAUUAGGAAAAGUGGAAGAGGCGGGAGGCUUUAAAGGUGUUUUGGAGCUGUUGGUGAGGUGGCAAAAUCUAGAGCAUUAAAUGAAAUCAAUGGCUAGAAAAGUAGGAGGGGAUGGAAGGGCAUGGUAACUAGGAGGGCAGACAAUCCAGGUGCGGUUUGGAGAGAGGCUUGACCAAUGGAUUCCGAUUCUUGAG